GGAUGUCUCAGCAGUUUAAAUGGAGGUCCAGAAGGCAGUAUGCCAGGCUGGUGUGGUGAGACACUUCCUGUUGUUUGGUGCAUGAUCUUGGUUCUUGGCUUUCCUGCUUCAUCUAUCCAGAGCUAUGGCAGAGGCCAUGGGAUUGCUUUCGAGGGUGUUGCUGUUGUCUCUUGUAGUUCUGGGGGAACAUGGAACAAAUGCUUUCAGUUUUGGAUCUGAGGCCUAUUCUGAGAAGACAAGAGAUGUUGAAGAGCAAACUCCUCAUUACCAAAGUGGUUCUGACUAUAGAGGGUCUCAGCCACAUGCUGCUUUUGAUGCAGCCUUGAGUUUCUUUAACAGUCAUAGUGGAAACUGGCCCAAGCAGCCUAGCUACCAGCCCCAGGUGUCCAAGCAGCCUAGCUACCAGCCCCAGCGGCCCCAGGUGUCCAAGCAGCCCAGCUACCAGCCCCAGGUGUCCAAGCAGCCCAGCUACCAGCCCCAGCAGCCUCAGGUGCCUCAGCAGCCUAGCUACCAGUCUAAGCAGCCUAGCUACCAGCCCCAGCAGCCCAGCUACCAAUCCAAGCAGCCUCAGGUGCCCCAGCAGCCUAGCUACCAGCCUAAGCAGCCUAGCUACCAGCCCCAGCAGCCCAGCUACCAAUCCAAGCAGCCUCAGGUGCCUCAGCAGCCUAGCUACCAGCCCCAGAAACCCCAGGUGCCUCAGCAGCCUAGCUACCAGCCCAAGCAGCCUAGCUACCAGCCUCAGGUGCCUCAGCAGCCCAGCUACCAGUCCAAGCAGCCUCAGGUGCCUCAGCAGCCCAAGCAGCCUAGCUACCAGUCCAAGCAGCCCCAGGUGCCUCAGCAGCCUAGCUACCAGCCCCAGAAACCCCAGGUGCCUCAGCAGCCUAGCUACCAGCCCCAGCAGCCUCAGGUGCCUCAGCAGCCCAAGCAGCCUAGCUACCAGCCCCAGAAACCCAGCUACCAGUCCAAGCAGCCUCAGGUGCCUCAGCAGCCCAAGCAGCCUAGCUACCAGCCCCAGAAACCCAGCUACCAGUCCAAGCAGCCUAGCUACCAGCCCCAGCAGCCCAGCUACCAACCCCAGGUGCCUAAGCAGCCCAGCUACCAGUCCAAGCAGCCUCAGGUACCUCAGCAGCCUAGCUACCAGACCCAGAAACCCCAGGUGCCCAAGCAGCCUAGCUACCAGCCCAAGCAGCCUAGCUACCAGUCCAAGCAGCCUCAGGUACCUCAGCAGCCUAGCUACCAGCCCCAGCGGCCCAGCUAUCAGGCCAAGCGUCCCCAGGCUCCCCAGCGGCCCAGCUAUCAGGCCAAGCGUCCCCAGGCUCCCCAGGUGCCCAGCUAUCAGGCCAAGCGUCCCCAGGCUCCCCAGCGGCCCAGCUACAAUUAUGGCUCUGAUCCAUCUCAUAUGUACUCAGACUGGCCUGGCAUGGAUAUGGAAGCACCCGAUGCCAUCAGCUGGGGAUGGGGUGCUUAAGGCAUCCAACUGACUCAGUGCCAGAAUGUAGAUGGUGCUGCCCUGCAGACUCCAUGGAACUGAUCUUUGUUGACCUGUGCAUUAAAUAAGUUUAUCUUA